CAAACAGGGCCAAGAGGCAAAGGAAGCACAAUAGUCAAUAGGACAAUGAUGGUGAGAAAGAAGACACGAAGUCUCAUCAUUUGCCCCCUCUCUCUCCGUUCUGUAACGGCUCAACCCGUGGAAUGAUGACGAUAUAAUUUAUAGCCGUUACAGCUUUCCCUUUUCGAUCAAUUUAUAAAUAAAUAAAACCCAAACACUUUUCCCAUCUGUCAACUCACCACUUUCUCCCCAUCAUUCUACUUUCAUCACAGUGAGUACUCUUGGCGGCAGCAGCAGCAGCAGAGCAUCCUAGUACACCAUACGAUGAUGAUGAUGCCUAAGCUGACGAUUCUCUCUCUCUUCCUUCUGCUCUUGUCCUUCAUUUCAGAGGGAACUUUGACUUCGGCAAAUGAACAGAAAACUUGGUGUGUGGCGAAGCCAUCAUCUGACCAGGCAACUCUUUUGGCAAACAUAAAUUACGCAUGCUCUCAGGUGGAUUGCCGGAUUCUACAGAGAGGUUGUCCCUGUUACUAUCCCGACAACCUCCUAAACCAUGCCUCUAUAGCCAUGAAUCUCUACUAUCAAUCCAAGGGAAGAAACCACUGGAAUUGUGAUUUCAGGGGCUCUGCUCUCACUGUCAUCACUGAUCCAAGUUAUGUGAACUGCAUUUAUGCAUAGUUGGUCGGAGUAAGAAAGCUAUUGUGUUGUGUGGAAGAUGAACUUUUCAUGAAAUUAGCUUGUAGUUUUCUAAGAGUAUGUAGCCACGUGGAUAUGAAAUAUGUUAAUGAAGCAGAGAAUUAGCAAAAGCUGUGAAUGUUUUGAUUUAGAUUCUCUAUAUAACAAAUGAUGUUUGUGUCU